UAAUGUCGACAGAUCACUUGAAAUUCAAUCGCUCCAUAAUCCCAAUUUGCUCUCAAAGCUUCCUUUCACGCUCUUCUCCUGUUUCUCGUCUUCGCUUUCUGAUUCAUGCCCGGCUUGGCAGCUACGCUCGAUUUCUUUUGUGUUGCGUCAUGAAAUCACUGCAUAGUGACUGUUUUUGUCUGUGGACACACAAUUAGUUGAGAGACAUACGCAAUGAGAGGAUUAACAAACAAGGCUGUCAAUGAUAAUAUAAUAAUAUCGGGUUAAGCUUUGAAGUGUUGCCGUUGUCUUCAUUUCUCCAGCCUCGCCCAUGUAUUGAAGCUCAAAUUUAAUUCUAUUCUCUGAACCUUCUUGUUUUUUUUUUUUUUUGGUAAUUUGCAAAAUUAAGAUAUAUCCCUUGAAUUUUGUCCAUUUGCAAUUGAUUUCUUAUGGUUAUUUGGAUUCUCAUCCCUUUCAAACUAUAUUGCCCACAAGGUGUUUGAUAACUAGCUUGAGUGAAGAUACCAAUUGUUCCGUUUAAUGGCAAACAGUAAAUAUGAGUAUGUGAAGUCAUUUGAGGUUGAAGAUGAGAUGAUGUUUCCUAAUCUAAUUGUUGUUUGGAUCAAUGGUCGUGGCUUUGAAAAGCUUUCAAAAAUUCAUGACUUUGAGAAACCACGUGAUGAAAAAGCUCUCCAAUUGAUGAACUCCUGUGCCGUUUCUGUGCUUCAAGAGUAUGCAGACAUUGUUCUAGCAUAUGGGUUCAGUGAUGAGUUCAGCUUUGUCUUCAAGAAGAGCUCCAAAUUCUAUGAAAGGCGAGCUAGUAAAGUUUUAUCCAUAAUCACAUCUUUCUUCGCAUCUGUGUAUGUAAGAAAGUGGAGUGAAUUCUUCCCGCAACAAGAAUUAAAGUACCCUCCUUCCUUCCAUGGAAGGGUUAUAAAUUGUUCAUCUAUUGAAGUCCUUCAAGCAUACCUUUUGUGGAGGCAAAAUAUAUGUCAUGUUAAGAAUCAAUAUGAUCAAUGCUUUUGGCGUCUUGUUAAGCGAGGAAUGACUGAAAGGGGGGCACAAAUUUUUUUGGAGGGUGCUGAGAAACGUGACAAAAAUGAUCUUUUGUUUGAUGAGUUCAAUCUCAACUAUACCACACUUGAGCCUAUAUUUCGUCAAGGCUCAUUUGUUGCAAAAGCUGCGGUGGAAGAUAUUGUGAAGUAUAAGGAGAAUGGUGAUCCGAUCAAGAGGCUAAGGAGAAAGAUAAUUACAGUUCAUUCGAAGAAGAUAGCUAGUAGAAGAUUUUGGAAUGAUCAGAGUACGCUAGUAAAGGAGCUUGGAGGAUUUGUGGAGGAGAUUGAUAAUGUAAAAUCAGAGUAUGUGAAGUCCUUUGAAUUUGACACAAAGUUGAUGCCAUUCACAUGGAUUGUGGUCAGAAUUGAUGGGUGCCAUUUCCAUAAGUUUUCUGAAACACAUGGAUUUGUGAAGCCAAAUGAUGAGAGAGCUCUUAAUUUAAUGAACUUAUGUGCAAUGGCUGUGUUAGAAGAGUUUCAGCCGGAUGUAGUAUUUGCCUAUGGGGUUAGUGACGAGUAUAGCUUUAUUUUGAAACAAAGCACGAAUCUAUACCGAAGGAGGGCCAGUGAAGUUGUUUCUGCUAUAGUUUCAUUCUUCACAUCUAUGUAUGUGAUGAGGUGGAAAGACUUUUUCAAGGGGAGAGAAUUGAAAUAUCCUCCUUCUUUUGAUGGAAGAGCAGUGUGCUAUCCAUCAAGAGAGAUUCUUUGUGACUAUCUCUCAUGGAGGCAAGUGGACUGCCACAUCAACAAUCAGUAUAACUAUUGUUUCUGGAAGCUUGUUGCUUUGGGGAAAAGCAAGAAAGAAGCCCAGAAUAGUUUGAAAGGAGCUCAGUUACGGAAAAGACUUGAGGAAUUGGAAAUUGAUUAUAAUAGUUUGCCCAUCUUGUUUAGACAAGGAUCCUCAGUCUUCUGGAACAAAGGAAGCAAGUUUCUCCAGCAUCAAGAGAAUGAAGAGUCUCAUGAGAGUCAUAGAAAAGUCGUUGUAGAACACUGUGAUAUCAUUGGAUCAAGGUUUUGGCUAGAGCAUCCAAGCAUCCUUGAUGGGAAGUAACGCAUGCCGUCAAAUCCAUGGCCCAAUGGUAGAGCAACAGGUCACUCGGUAUUCAAGUAUUAAAUGAGAAAUGAAAGCCUUUGCGUUCGUCAAU